ACGCGCGGGCGCCAUAUUGGCAGCGGGCGCUCGGGACUGGCGGUGGCGGUGGCGGCUGUGGUCCCGCGCGGAAAGUCUCCUUGUAGGUCUCCCGAGUGUCCCUCCGGGGAGCCCUUGCACCUGGGAAUUUUACAAAGUUCAGAAAACAUGUCUCGAAGAUAUGACUCCCGGACCACUAUAUUCUCUCCGGAAGGUCGCUUGUACCAGGUUGAGUAUGCCAUGGAAGCUAUUGGACAUGCAGGCACCUGCUUGGGAAUUUUAGCCAACGAUGGUGUUCUCCUUGCCGCCGAGAGGCGCAACAUCCACAAGCUCCUGGACGAAGUCUUUUUCUCUGAAAAAAUUUACAAACUGAAUGAGGACAUGGCUUGCAGUGUGGCAGGCAUAACUUCUGACGCUAAUGUUCUGACUAAUGAACUGAGGCUCAUUGCACAGAGGUACUUGUUACAGUAUCAGGAGCCCAUUCCUUGUGAGCAGCUGGUCACAGCACUGUGUGACAUCAAACAAGCUUAUACACAGUUUGGAGGAAAACGUCCCUUUGGUGUGUCCUUGCUUUACAUCGGCUGGGAUAAGCACUAUGGCUUUCAGCUCUACCAGAGUGACCCCAGUGGGAAUUACGGAGGAUGGAAAGCCACGUGCAUUGGAAAUAACAGUGCUGCAGCUGUGUCAAUGUUAAAACAAGACUACAAAGAAGGAGAAAUGACUUUGAAGUCAGCACUUGCUUUAGCUAUCAAAGUCCUAAAUAAGACCAUGGAUGUGAGUAAACUCUCUGCUGAAAAAGUGGAAAUUGCCACCCUAACAAGAGAGAACGGGAAGACAGUCAUCAGAGUCCUCAAACAGAAAGAGGUGGAGCAGUUGAUCAAAAACCACGAAGAAGAAGAAGCGAAAGCUGAGCGCGAGAAGAAAGAAAAAGAACAGAAAGAAAAGGAUAAAUAGAAGGAAGGACCGUGGGUUUCGUCACUCACCUGGGGCUGUUUCAGUGUCGUGCUGCCCUUCCCACCCUGGGAAAGCUCUGACUCGCGCCGGCUUGUGUGCGGGAGACCAGGACGGCACCAGCUGUCUGUCCGCUUGAGUCUUGUAUUGACGCCUACUCUUCAUGGACGCCCCAACCCCUCCGCCCUUGUUUUGGGGAAUAAAACUUGAAAAGGCUGGAAAUGGUGAAGGAA